UUCGACCAGAACUCGAACGGAGCAGAAAUAAUGUUCUAUGUAAUCCCCUCCCAUAAAUGUCCCACAGGUUCUUUUUGAGUCUUCCACCAUAACAAUGCCUGUCGGCUUUUUGAUAGUCUAUUCUGAACCUGGAGAGCUCGUCACUUUUGAGGAAUUUCAAGACUGGUAUAACAAUGAACACGUCCCUCUGCGAAUGAAUCACCUCCAAUCUUUCCUCACCGGUGCCCGUUAUUCUGCUCUGGACUCUCAAAUACCAAGCUGGGCUGCAUUGUACGACGUCGAUGAUACUGCCACAUUCUCUCACUAUUCGUAUACUCGUCUACGCGCAAAUCGUAGUCUUCGUGAAGCAGAUCUUGUCAAGCGUCUCGGUAUUCUUGACCGGCGAACAUGCGAGCUCAUCGCUGAUUCUGGAGAAUCGCCACUCACUACCUCAUUGGCGUCGAAGAAUCCUAGUAAAGGAAUAGUCACCCAUGGGCUUGGGGACAACGAGCAAGACGCGAAGGAAUGGUUUGGAAAGGGCGUCGAAAUCUUGAGAAGCAAUCAGGGAUGGGCCAGGACGAGGAUAUUUAAAUGCAUCGAUAACCUCAGAACAGGCGUGUCUGUACCUCCUAGCCCUGAAGCGCAGACCGUUCCCAGAUUCUUUGCCGUUCAUGAAUUUACUACAUUCACCACUUCAGAUAUCGCAUCAGAGUCUUUCAUUCAAGUUGGUGCAGAUAGUUUACUUUCACUGCGAUCUAGCGAUGUACCACUUUCAGACUUGCGUAAAUGGGGGCUGUACAAGGCUUAUCCAGGAAUCGCCCAGGGAAAUAUCAAGGGCUUGACCGAUCACUCUCACUAGCACCAAUAAUGUUUUUUUCCGUGUAUAAACGGAUUGGAGAUCGUUGAUAUGUAACGUCCUUGUGAAAGUUUUGUCGUGUGAA